AUGACUGACAUUCUAGAUGAGAUAGCACCUGUUAAAAAAAUAAGGACUCGAGACAAAGACAGCACAAUGGAAAAACACUAUCAGAGCCAAGCGGAAAGCAAAAAUACCGAAUACCUUAAAAGCAAUACAAAAGAGAAUUGGGAACUUAAAAGUAAAGCGAGAAACGAAGCAACAAGGCAGAGAAGAAUCGCAAUUAGGGACUACUGGAGAAAGAAAUCCGAAGAUUUAAAAAUGAGACCCAAGGAGUUUUUUAACACUUUUAGGCCUUUCUUGAACAAAAAGGGCCAUACACACAAUAUUGAAGUCCAUCUAAAUGAAAAUGGGUCGAUCGUCAGAAAUCAGUGCGAAGUUGUCGAAAUACUAGCUGACUAUUUUGCCACAAUUGCUGAAGGAAUCGGGGGAAAAAGCGCCGAACUUCAAUCUAUGCAGGACUUUGAACACCAUCCAAGUGUUCAGAAAAUAGUGGCGGAAUCUAUAAACCAAACGCAAGGCAUUGAAGUAAAACCUAUCACACAAAUGCAAGUUGAAAAUUCUCUAGAGUCACUUAACAUCAACAAAGCCACCGGCUGUGAUGAUAUUCCGGGAAAAGCACUUAAGGCAGGAGCAAAGGAACUCGCGAGGCCACUUCAGACCCUUUUCAACGCCUGUAUAAAAAAUAAGGAUUGGCCAAGCGAAUGGAAGGGUGGGGAAUGGACGCCUAUAUUUAAAAGAGCGACAGAUCCAGUAAGGAAAAGUACGGACCUAUCAUAG